AUGUUUCAAAACCCCAGUUGUUGGGUAAUCACUCGUCGUACCCACACACUCAGGCGAUUGGCCCCCAGUCCUGUAUCGCGUUCGGUCGGUGGCUUGCUGAGACGGGGCUUCUUCACAUCUCCAGCUCGACAUGUUCAUAGUGUUGAAGAGGUCUUGUCUCAGGAAGGCAGUUCCAGUAGACCAUCGAUAUUCGACGAGUUCUCCUUGAGAGGUCGUGUAGGGGUUGUGUCAGGUGCAAAUCGAGGUCUUGGCCUCGAGAUGGCUCUCGCACUAUGUGAACUUGGAGCCAAGAUCUACGCGAUCGAUCUUCCUUCGACCCCCUCGCAUGAGUUCAAGACUGUUGCGAGCCACGUGAAGGCGAUGGGUGAGGGAAGAAAGCUCGAGUACAUCAAUGGAGACGUCACCGAUCAGAUGACUAUCAGGGCAGAGGUUGAGAAGAUUGGCAUGAAGGAGGGGAGAUUCGACGUAUGCGUCGCUGCAGCCGGUAUUCUUGGGCCAUCGACGCCUGCCUUGGAGCUUGAUGCAAGAGAAUUUGAGAAAGUGCUUCACGUGAACGCUAAUGGCGUGUUUUACACUGCCCAGGCAGCCGGUCGGGAAAUGAUUAAAUUUGGAAACGGCGGCUCUAUCAUCAUGAUUGCCUCGAUGAGUGGCACUGUCACGAACAGGGAUCACAAAUGGGUUGCAUACAAUACUUCCAAAUCUGCUGUUCUCCAAAUGGCCCGAAGCAUGGCUUGCGAACUUGGGCCUGAGCAAAUCCGAGUCAACACACUCUCACCGGGUCAUAUCUACACCAAAAUGACUGCUGUUUUACUUGAUUCUCAGCCUGAACUGCAUGCAAAGUGGGCAUCUUCGAAUCCCUUAGGUCGACUUGGGCUGCCGGAGGAGCUUCGAGGUGUCAUUGCGUGGCUCGCGAGCGAUGCAAGCACCUUCUGCACAGGAAGCGACAUUAUCGUCAGUGGUGGGCACACUAUCUGGUAA